AUGUCGAAUUACUGGGGAUCCAAUCCGAGCUGGCAUGAGCCAAAUGAGGAUGAAGAGGCACAGGGCAACAAUUACCCCGAUUAUUUGGCAGACGACACCGUGGAACCCCAUAAAUCCAUUGAUGGAGAUCUUGGCCUGUCAACAUCUGAUUCCAACACGCCGGUUGCAGAAACUACCUUGUCCCGUGUCUCCAACAGCUGUCCGAGAUAUGCUAUCUACGGAGGAGCCCAGGAUUCAUAUUCCGCUGCCGAUAGCGAAGGCCAUGCUCUCGGGUAUUCGAGGCCUCUCGAUUCGUCGGCAAUCUCGUCAGGUAGCUACAUCACAGAUCUGUCCAGUCUCAAACGAGUUGAUACUUUGAGUUCCGAUGCUUCUACUGAACCACUUCAAGGCUCUGUGGGUGGGCUGAGCGACAGCGGAGAUAUUCGGCGAGAGGCAAGACGGAGAGUUCCCGCUGAACUCGAAGAUGCUUAUAAUCGCCAUGAUCCCCCAGAGCAAGUUGGCAGCCGGUAUGUCUUUAGACAGCCGGUAAGGGCAGAUAAGAUGCUUGAAAAUGAAGCAAGUAAGAGCUUGCUAGAAGAGGCUCCGAGAAAAGAGGGGAGAAAGGGAGAGUCGAAGAAAAUGCCAAAAGAGACUCUACUCCAGCAUGAAAGGAAAGAUCAGGCCGAGAGGUCUCCAAGCAUCACACAAACCCCAGCUCUCAAUCCACCAUCCAAGGCCAUGCCAUCUCCACUACUUCAGAUGCCGCACGAUGUUCCCCGGGAUGUUUCCUACUUUUGCGCCAAACAAGCACCCAUAAAACAAGUCGAAGAUCUCUUCGAAAGCAGGUGGGGAAAGAGUGGGCUUCAGCUAUUGGACACUGUCCUCGAUGGCAUGGCCAAUGGCAAAGUGGCCAAAAGGCUUGAUUACACAUCUAGCGGCAUGUUGGCUAUCAGCAUUGAUUUCAGAUCAAACCCUUCUGAGCAUGGACAAGCAACUCUGGACUUGUUGGGAGACUUACCAGCCAUCACGACUACAGUGACUCAGCUCUCAUUCCUGGCAGCUGUUUUCAGACUCCCAAAGAAAAGUGGUUUAGCAUUAUCGACAGCCUCUCUGGUGCAUACCAGCGGGUCUUAUAAGUUAUCACUCCACCCAUUGAUUCGAGCUGUGGAUGUGCACACUGAAGAAACGCCAUGUUGGUUCAAUCUCUUUCCCGUUGGAAUGAUCGUACCUGGGUUUCCGGUAUCUCCUCGUCCAGAAGGCAUUGGCCUCGAAAUUCCAUUCUCUCUGAUGACAGUGCUUGCACAAGUUUCAUUCAAGAUGGACUACAAGAACGGACAUAUUUUCGUGGGGCAUUCCUCCAUACUUUUCCCUUCCAAGAGACUACAAGAUGGAGUGCAGUGGGAUUACGUGAGAACCGAGAAUCCGGAAGCUACGAUACAAACCCUGGACUCUUGUAUCGACAGAGUGACUACCACGGAUAUGGAAUUUCUGUCAAAGCUGAGAACCUUCAUCGGCCAUUACGCACACGCGACAGUAUACUUGGGUACGGAGGAGUUGUUGCAAAACAAUGUUCAACCUUGUGGGCUUGGGACGUCAUCUUCCCCCAUUGAACUUGCCCGAGAGUUGAGUAUGACUCCAGGUGUGCAAGUACUGGGGAUCGCUAGUUUUACCGCUGGUACCAAGUGGGUUCUUCCAAAAAGUCUCGAGGUGAGCCUUCGGGAUAACAGGGACUACUAUGAUCGACUGCAAAAUUCGAAGCGGCGAGGUGUCGUAUUGGACGACAACGAGACUUUUACUGGAUGGCUUGUUUUCGAGAUACGCGUGGUGUUACAUCUUGUUCUUUCCUACUUGAGACUUUCCGAUAAAAAGGAACGAAUGAGGGACAAUAAUGCGACUCUCAACUACGCUUCACCCAGCCGCGAUGAAGGUUCAAAUGCAUUCAGGCACAUACAAACUUGUGGGGGACAUGUUCUCUAUUAUGACGAGAGCAGGAGACCAAAGACCUUCUCUUCAGUCGUAGACGACUUCCUGAAAGACAUAGAAACCAUCCGCAAUGCGGCAAGGCUACGACAGGCCCAAUCUGGAUUCGCAAUCUCUCGGCCCAAUCUCCGGAGUUGGGACUUUGGUGAUUUGGUUCUCCGCAAAGUGGACGUAGUCCAGAGAGAACUCAAGGAGCGCAGGUCAUGUUGGUGGAGCAUUUGCGAUGAAAGCAGUGUUCUGGUGCUGUUCGGCCGGGAUUUUGGCCAGGUCAUUCGACCAAUGCCCGGAUCUAUAUCUGCAGACUGGCAAAGCAUCCCAAAAGCUGUCCCCGCAUGUAAAAACGGAUGUUGA